GCUGGAAAUUUUUAAAUUUUUAUUUUGGAGUGAAAAAAAAAAAAGUUAAGAAGAUUUAAAUUUAAAAAAUGAAGACAAAAAUUUUGUAUUUAUUUUUUGUCAUACUUGGCAUCGGUAUUGGGAUGGCCGAAUCGACGAACGAGGAAUUGACCAGUAAGGAUUUAAAUUCCAGACGAGAUAAUCCAGUUACUGAACUUGUCGACUAUAUAUUGAGUUACAACGGACAAGGAAGGACGUUCGGGAUUAAAAGAUUGCAAUUUAUGAUGAUGCCGAUGAUAUUUAAAAUGGGUGUGAUAAUGACUUUGUUGGUUGUCUUGACUGUUGUUUCGUUGAAGGGGUUAACUGUUGGAAUAAUACUGCUGGUGUUAAAACUGAGUUCACUUUUCGGCAAAUUUUACGCAUCAUUCCAGUCACAGAAAGCAACAUGGACGCCGCCGGCCCCACCGGUUCAUUUUCACGUUCAUAAUGACCCUGGUUAUAGUCACUACGAUAAUGGAUGGGAAGCACCGGCAGCUGAUUAUUAUCAUAAAGGACAGCAUCCUGUCCAUCCUAUACAACAUCCUCCCCAUGGAUAUUAGUCUCAAUUUUUUUUAUUUCUUAUAUUUAUUUAUUUAUUUAUCACGCGGCCAUAAUUAGCUAAUUUAGUUUUUUUUUGUAAGAAAAAAAAUUAAUUAGAUGACGUAAUAAUUAGGAGUUCAAUCAUUGAACAGUUAGAUAGUUUGUAAGUAGAACUAUGUGCUAUAUAUAAUUUAGUAAUUGAUGGCAGCUUUUUGAGGUCUUUGAAUUUUUAAAAAGCUGCCAUAGAUAUUAAAAGUUGUAAUUGUUUUUUUUAAGACUUGACCAAAGGUAUUUUAAUUAUUUUUUUUGUUUAAGGUCUGUUUUUAUGUGAAUAACUAUUUUGUAAAUUUAAAUUUUAAGUAAUUCAGAAAUUUAGCCUUAAAGAGUCUCAUAAUGGAAUUUCAAUUUUCUAUGGAAAAAUUUUCAUUAGUUAUUGAAUUUUAUUUUUUAUGAAAACAAUUUUCA